CGCAGAGCGACCGAGCUGCCUUUUUAACGACACGAUCCAGACACCAGGAAUAAAACAUGAUCAAGAAAAUGUCUCCAUCCGACAGCGACUUUGACAUCCCAGCUAAGAACUGCUACAGGAUGGUGAUUUUAGGCUCCACGAAAGUUGGGAAAACGGCCAUCGUGUCCCGGUUCCUGAAUGGGAGAUUUGAGGAACAGUACACGCCGACCAUCGAGGACUUUCACAGGAAACUGUACAACAUCAAGGGGGACGUUUACCAGCUGGACAUACUAGAUACAUCAGGGAAUCACCCCUUCCCUGCCAUGAGGAGGCUUUCCAUACUCACAGGUGACGUGUUCAUUCUGGUCUUCAGUUUGGACAACCGCGAGUCCUUCCAGGAGGUGCAGCGGCUCAAGAAGCAGAUCUAUGAAACCAAGUCAUGCCUGAAAAACAAAAUCAAGGAGAACAUUGAUGUGCCUCUGGUGAUCUGCGGAAACAAGGGCGAUCGGGAGUUUCACAGAGAGGUGCAGCAGGAGGAGAUCGAGCAGCUGGUGGCCGGUGAUGAGAAGUGCGCCUACUUCGAGAUCUCGGCCAAGCGCAACGAGAACAUUGACAAGAUGUUUCAGACUCUGUUUACGUUGGCCAAGCUACCUCACGAGAUGAGCCCUGACCUGCACAGGAAGGUGUCCGUGCAGUACUGCGACAUGCUGCACAGGAAGUCCCUGAAGCACAAGAAGAUGAAGGACAUCGGGGAAGCGUAUGGCGUGGUGACUCCGUGCGCGCGGAGACCGAGCGUCCACAGCGACCUAAUGUACAUCAAAGAGAAAGCAAUCGGAGGCGGGCACGGAAAGGACAAAGAGAGGUGCGUGAUUAGUUAAAGGGAAACACGAGGCUCAGACUUGAGACGCAAAAAGAAGUCUUUUAAAGAAAGAAAGAGCCUGGCGCGUGCAGAGCUGCCUGCUGCUGUUCUGACGUAGAACGGAGCUUUGAAAGCGCCGCCGCUGCCGCGAGCCUUGGCGCCGCACCGUUUCCACGGACACUGACCGGACGCCAAAGUCCGCUUCAAAACUCCACUGCCCACGAGACGCAUAAGAAUGUUCGCUUGUCCUAUCAGUAAGAGCCGUAUCUGUGACGUGGCUUCAUACCUAAUGAGACUCACGCGUCAAUGCGUAAAAUGUGCUUGUUGACUUUUGGCAUUUGGACAGCUGCCAGAGACUCAUAGGGCUCAGGAGGCGCGAUGUUAGCAGAGAGAAUGCUGUUUACAUUUUACUCUUGGUUUUAUAAAGGCUAAGUACACUUGAAUGUUUACUCUGGAUUGUUUUUAUUGUUGAAUGUAUUAUUUAUUGUUGGUGUCGAUUUUUCAA